UCACCUCAAAUAGUCCAAUUGAAUAGUUUCAUUUUUCUUGGUAGUGAGUGAUAAGAGGAAGAUGGGUUUCUCGUGCCCGGCUAAGAUACUCGUCGGUAUCCCUUCCGACGACGUCGACAAGAGCAAGGAGCUUCUUUCCUGGGCAAUCAAUGUUCUAGCUCAUCAACAUGACUGCAUUGUUGCUACUCAUGUUCUUGUUAGUGAGGAUACGAAGAAGCGUGGAUCGACCACAACGACGACAAAAGUUCAGUCGCAGCUUCGUCGAGCAAAAGCCUACGUGAUAUCGAUUCUGGGAGAGUUUGCCAACAUCAGUCAAUUCAAACAGGUAAAUUUGGAGGCAAGGGUUGGUUUCAACACAAGCAUCGAAAGAGGUCUAACCGAGGAAGCGAAGGCGAUUUCAGCUGAUUUUCUCGUUGUUCGUGGCACGAGAAACGGAUCAAACAGAACUCCCAGCAUUGCAAGGUAUUGUUUUGAGAAUGCUCCUGAGAAAUGUGCUUUGGUCUUCUUGGGAAAGCAUGAAAAGUUGCAGCAAAAUUGGGACUCUGAUUCUCUUCAAUCUAAAGGAGAAGAUAAAUGCGAGCGCGAGGACUACAUAGUUCCAAAAACAGAGAACGGGAGGGCGCCGACGCGCGCGGCGGCAGAGGACGAGGUGGAAGCCUCCGGCGACUACUCCGUUUCAAACACCACCACCACGACGGAGGAGGAGGACUCCUCCACCUCCGGCGACUCCAUUUUAAGCACUAUCGAAUCUCCGCCGCCACCGCUGCCRCUAGGUUCCCAUUUGAAACCGUUAUCGGGGGAGCCGCGGCGGCGGUUGUCGCCGUGUAAGCUGAUCUCUUCGUUUCUGGGGUCACCAUUUCGGAAAAGAAAUUGCAGCUUUUCUGAUAAGCAAUCGGGUCAGCCUUUGCUGAGAUGCUUCAGCUAUCAGGAGAUUGUAAAUGCCACCAAUAAUUUCCACCCAGAUAAGAUGGCAGGGCAAGGUGGAUAUUCAGAAGUUUACAAAGGAGAGCUAUGUGAUGGGAAGAUAAUUGCAGUGAAGAGACUGACAAAGGACAACAAAGAUUCAAACAAGGAGAAAGAGUUUCUAAUGGAAUUGGGAAUAAUUGGCCAUGUCUUCCAUCCAAACACAGCUACCUUGCUUGGCUGCUGCAUUGAAAAUGGCCUUUAUCUCAUCUUCAACUUCUCCCAAAAUGGAAACCUUUCUUCUGCAUUGCAUGGCAAAACAAGCAAGAUAUUGGAAUGGCCAGUGAGAUACAAGAUUGGCGUGGGAAUUGCAAGGGGUUUACACUAUCUCCAUAAAUGUUGUAAACAUCGCAUAAUCCACAGAGACAUCAAAGCUUCCAAUGUUCUUCUUGGCCCUGAUUAUGAACCCCAGAUAACGGACUUUGGGCUAGCAAAAUGGCUUCCAAACAAAUGGACACACCAUGCAGUGGUUCCAAUAGAGGGCACGUUUGGGUACUUGGCUCCAGAAUAUUUCAUGCACGGUUUAGUGGAUGAGAAAACAGACGUAUUCGCCUUUGGAGUUCUUCUCUUAGAAAUUGUCACUGGCAGAAGGCCUGUGGACUCAUCCAAACAAAGCCUUCUCUUAUGGGCAAAGCCUUUGAUGGAAUCGGGGGAGAUCGGGCGACUGGCCGACCCGAGGCUCAAGGGCAGAUACGAUGCAGAGGAGCUGCAGAGAGUCGUGUUGGCUGCUUCUUGGUGCGUUCGACAGUCCUCGGUCGAGCGGCCAUCGAUGAGCGAGGUAUUGGAGGUGCUAACUAAAGGCCAUGAUUCAGAGAUAGCAAAGAGCUUGAGAAUCCCAAAGUUCACAUCUGUUGAUGAUGAAGAAGAAUUGGAUGAUUAUUCCAUGAUUUUUGGGUAUCAAGUUCCAAUAGACACUCUUCUUGAGGACUAUUUAUAAGGGUAUUUAAAUUUUGUAGCUUUAUAAAAUCUUUGUAUUUUAU